CGGCACCGCAGUUAUGCCAACUUCUCUUUUUCAACGAACACGACGUCUUCGUGUUCAGUCGUACUGUGCCACGAUAACCUGCGAGCAGGACACCGGAGGACACCGUCACCAGGUCGUCGCCCAUUUCUGUUCGGCGUCACUUCCCUACCGCACUCUCUGUCUUCGGCAUCUGUGUUCGCGGUCAAACAUGAAGAUGAUCGCCUUUACCAUUACUCUUCUAAUAAUUUCAGAUUAUCUGGGGCCUUGCUGCGCCGCACGUGCCACUGUCUGUUCACGUGCUUUCAUGGUCAUCCGUAAAAGCUUCGGCUGCCCCUUCGGGUCCAACGAAUGCUCAAAGUACUGCAAAGAGAAGAAGGCCCAGAAAGGUGGAUACUGCACUGGAAGAUUCAAAGAAAACUGCGUCUGCUUCAGAAAUUAAAUUUCACAUUAAGCGUCCUUGAGGGCGCUUGAAGGCGUGGCGUGUGCCAUUGCGUUGAGACAGUGA